CAAAUGUGCCACUGACAAGAUAUUAUCGACAAGAGACAAGUAUGGAGCAUAAUAGACGGGAUCUUGAUGGAAAGGUCGCCGUUGUAACCGGUGCAAGCAAAGGCAUCGGGCAUUCGGUUGCAAGGCAGCUACAGUCUCGCGGCUGUUCGAUAUUGGGAACAUGCUCUUCCUCACAGAGUCUAUCCCUUAUUGAUGCAAUCGAGGAACGACGCGAGCAGGAUAACGACCACGAUGUUCAUUCCUCAGUUUCCACCCAGCCGCAGGUGCACGGAAUUAUAGCCGACAUUUUGUCUCCGACAUGCGCUAUCGACAUCGCCGAUACUCUCGAGACACACUUCAAUGGACGACUAGAUAUCUUGGUGCUCAAUGCGGCCAUUACAGGUUCUGUCCGAAUCGGAGACAGGAGCAAUGACGACAAGGCGAACGAGAUCCAACCUUACCUCGUUGGCAACAUUCAGACGUCAGUGUUGAUCGUCAAUGAGCUUGUCAAGCGCAAAAUGUUUCGCGAGAAUUCUCGGAUCGUUUGCAUAUCUUCCAUUCGAUCGAAGCAGUCGACGCCAACAUCGGUGAUGUAUUCUGCGACCAAGGCCGCUUGUGAGAGCCUGGUACGCACAUGGGCAGAAGCAUUCGGCGGCAAACAAAACGAGCUCGCAUUCAUGGCUGGAACAACUGCGAAUGCGGUCCAGGUCGGACUUACCAAAACGACUGCCUGGAGUUCUGCAAGCCCAGAGUCUGUAAGCAAGUACACAGACAUCUAUGUGCCACAACAGAGCCUACCAUGUCUCGCGGAACCAGAUGAUAUAGCAGAUGUGGUGUGCUUUCUUUGUUCACAGCAGGCAAGAUGGGUCACCGGUAGUGUGUUGUCAGCUAGUGGUGGAGGCUGUAAGAUCGGAUGAUGGCUUGUUCGUGUCAAGGGAUAGCAGGCCAUAUGAUGCCUCGUCAUACAAACUUGAUGACCGCAAUGAUAUGUUCGUCUGCUCACGAAGGCCGAAUCCUACAAACUGCGGAUCAUGGGUUCGCUCGCCAACGUGCGCUAUGUUGUUAAUCACGCACGCAUCAUUCCAAUGACGUUAAAUCUCAUAUGCAGCCAGGAUUCAAAGAAAUGUCGUAGAACUAUCAUGACUAGCCGACUAAGCUUGUCUAUCAGCUGGUUUGCGAAGUCGAUAUUGGCUCGUGUCGUCGUACGACGAGUGCUUUGCGCGG